CCCACCUUCCAGCGCGAAUACACACAGCAAACACAACAUGGUUUUUACUUAUUUUAUUUAAUUGCAUUACUUGCCCCCGGAGUACUGCUUUUCAAAGCCUUCAGCUUUGACCUCCGUCAGAGGGAAACUUCAUCAAACGACGCAGUCCUUGGCCAGCAAUUCGUGCGGCGGUCGCCGUUUUGCAGAUUGUCUCCCCGAGCCGGUCUCCGCCAACCGCUUUCCAAAGUUUGACCCUUUUGUAACUUGCAAAAUCUUUUGGCGGUUUGUCGUUAUUGGAAACUUGAGCGACCCCUAUUUCUGUUUCAAUGGAGGGUCUUUGAUUCUUUACAAAAGAACAAGUCUUCAGGGGAAAAAGAAAAACUUUGAAAAGUUACAGUCAUGGCUUCUUCUGGUUUCUCCGCCAUUAUUUAGUGGAAACGUUGAAGAAAGAGUGCGCAUUGCGAAAUUGAUUUCACAACCCUGAAUCUCUGACACCGAUUGGAAGAAAAUUGUUCUUUGAUUUGAGAAUGGUUUCGACUGAUAAUGGAAACCACAAUGAGGAAAUUGAAGAAUCGAAUGGUAGUGAAGUGAUGGGUCAAAUCCCCUUUGAGGUUUCAGCAUCCCGGAAGACUUUUUUAACCAAUGAGAAGUCUCCGAAAAGGUUCCCUCCUGAUGCUCCUCUUAAUAGAGUUAGUUUCUUCAAAUUUGGCUCUGCAUCUGCCAGGUUCAAGCGGUUGGCUGAGGAGAGAGAUGAAAUGUCACGAUCUGUGGCUUCAAGUGGCCAUGGCUUUAAAGAACGAAUCCAUGAGGUUUUUUCUAAGAAAAUUGAUUGGGUUUCACUCGUGAAAAUGGGCAAAAAAUGGAUUAGAAACCCAAUGAACAUGGCUCUUUUUGCGUGGAUCGUCUGUGUUGCUGUUUCGGGUGCAAUUUUGUUCCUUGUGAUGACUGGAAUGUUGGACAAGGCAAUACCCAAGAAGUCCCAGAGAGAUGCAUGGUUUGAAGUCAAUAAUCAAAUUCUCAAUGCACUUUUUACUCUUUUGUGUUUGUACAACCAUCCGAAGCGAUUCUACCACCUUGUACUUCUGUGUAGAUGGAAACCAGAAGAUAUUUCCAGACUUCGAAAGGUUUACUGUAAAAAUGGGACUUAUAAGCCCCAUGAAUGGGCCCACAUGAUGGUUGUUGUUGCCCUGCUUCAUCUGAAUUGCUUUGCUCAGUAUGCACUUUGUAGUUUAAACCUGGGUUACAGAAGAGCUCAACGACCACCGAUAGGAGUUGCAAUAUGUGUAUCUUUUGCUAUUGGUGCACCUGCAUUUGCUGGCAUAUACAACAUUGUCAGCCCCCUCGGGAAGGAUUAUGAUUUAGAAGUGGAUGAGGAAGCACAGGUUCCAAUCGGCACUGGUGAAGGAGCAGAAAAAUUAAGGUCAAAAACAUUUGAGAGAAAAUAUUCUUUUGCAUUUAGGACUGAACAACGAGUCGUUGAGAGUAAACCACAAUGGAGCGGAGGAGUACUUGACAUUUGGGAUGAUAUUUCUAUAGCGUAUGUUUCACUCUUUUGUAGUUUUUGUGUGUUCGGGUGGAAUAUGGAGAGGCUUGGAUUCGGGAACAUGUAUGUUCAUAUUAUGACAUUUAUUCUGUUUUGCCUAGCUCCGUUCUGGAUUUUUAACUUGGCUGCUGUUAAUAUCGACAAUGACACUGUUCGGGGGGCUCUUGGAGUUACUGGCCUAGUUCUAUGUCUAUUUGGUUUGCUCUAUGGUGGCUUUUGGAGGAUCCAAAUGAGAAAGAGAUUCAAUUUGCCUUCUUAUAACUUCUGCUUUGGUAAACCAUCACUCUCUGAUUGCACGUUGUGGCUUUGCUGUAGUUGGUGCUCUCUUGCUCAGGAAGUGAGGACCGGGAAUUCCUAUGACGUUGUGGAAGAAAAGUUUUAUAGAAAACAACAGGAAAGUGAAAGCCUUCCACCAAUUUCACCUUUGCCUCGUGAAGAUGGAUCGCUUGAGUUUAGAUCUGGUCCGAAUUCUCCUCUGGGGAACUACUUAAGCCCAACCAAGAAUGGCAUCGGUAGUUCUCUGAGUCCAAGCAGACUUUCAGCAGUGAAAGAAGAGUCCCAUGUAAGAGGUAAGGAUGAAACUAUGACCCCACCUGCACCUUCAUUGAUACAAGGAAGAAACAUAGCCCCAAAAACUAAGAUAACGUUAUGAUUUGUGUAUGAAUUUCUGUAGUAUAAUUUUGAAACAAGUUUCUUUUCUUUGUGUUCAAGUGCAUAAAUGUUUUUCGUUCUUCA